AUGGUGGACUCUAUAUCCUUCCCUUAUGCCCUUUUUGAUCGCCUUGGCUUCAGGGAAAAAUUAAUUCAUAAUUCUCGUCGCGACAAGGUUCCUAAUAUUUGGAUUAUUUGGAAAAAUUUCUUAAGGCACCCAGUGGUCGUUCAGUCCUCGGAGCAGCUGAUCUUAGUCUCUCUAGAAUGUAAUGGUCAGAUGGUGUUGAUGUCUAUGAUUCAUGCCUCCUGCUUUAGGGUUGAGCGUUGGAAUUUAUGGAUGGAUUUGGUUGCAUUAGCCUCCUCCUCCCUUCUAUGGGCAGUCAUUGGUGACUUUAAUGCCACGCUCUACUCCCGUGAGAAGCGGGGUCUAGGUAGAUUUAAUGUGGGUGCGGCGGCGGAGUUUCAAGCGAUGGUGGAUGCAUGUGAAUUGAUCAAAACCCCUUCUCAGGGACCCAAAUUCACCUGGACAAAUAAUAGACGUACAGGUCAUAUGGCAGCAGUGCUCGAUCAAAGUUUCUUCAAUGCUCGUUGGUUAGAUGUUUUUGGUGAUUGCACGCAACAGGUCCUCCAUCGGUCAGUGUCAGACCAUGCACCUAUUUUACUCUACUCAGUGGCAGCCCCUAAGCCUAAGAAUGCCCCUUUCCGCUUCCAUCAGUUUUGGAUGGAUGACGGGUCUUUUGAGGAGCUCGUGAGGGAGGUGUGGUGUAGGGACGAAGCUACUGAUGUGGUGGUGGAGGUGCAGCGGUCCAUUGACCAGGUUGGUAUGACGGAUGAAUUGUUUUCUAAGGAAGCAGAGGCAAAAGAAAAGCUCUUGAAAGCUGUGGAAUUACAUGAGAAACUUUGGGCAGAGAAAGCCUGCUGUAAGUGGGAUAAAUUAGGUGACAGAAAUUCAAAGUUUUUCCAUUUAUUAGUGAAGGACUUCCAUAAGGCCGAUCAAUGCGAAACUUAUUCGGAACUGCUUCAGGUCAUCCCCCAGGAGGUGAAUAGAGAAGACUCAUUGGCUUUAGAAGUUAUCCCUGAGAUGGACGAAAUAAAGAGGGUGGUUUGGAGUCUAGAUCCAGAGAGCUCACCGGGUCCUGACGGUUUCCCUAGAGCCUUCUUUAAGAAGUGUUGGGAAAUUGUCGGCGUCGAUUAUUGUGAGGCUGUGCGUGCCUUUUUCAGAGGUGGUAAGCUGCCCAAUGGGGUGAACAAUAGUUGGGUGACUUUAAUCCCGAAGGUGGAAGGGGCAGCAACAUUGGAUAAGUUUCGCCCCAUCUAUAUGGCAAACUUCUUUUGUAAGGUGCUAUCAAAAAUAAUGGCUGAGCGGCUUUUCUGUCUCCUCCCUCGCUUUGCGUCAGAAGAACAAGGGGCAUUCCAAAGGGGCAAGAUAAUUUCAGCAAACAUUGGCUUGGCAUCGGAGCUGGCAAACUUAUUACACACCUCUGUUAGGGGCAGUGGUAUGGGGAUCAAGGUGGAUGUGCAAAAGGCCUACGACUCGCUGUCAUGGGACUUCCUCUUUGCGGUGUUGAAGAGGUUUGAUUUCUCGGAGUGGGCAGAUUUGGCAGAACUAGUUCAGUGGUGGACUCAAACCUCUAGCACUGUAGGUCUGUCUCAGAUGUGGAUGGCGGGUUUGAUUCUAAUUCCAUUUUUCAUUUGGAUGGAGAGGAACUCAAGGAGAUUCAGGGGGGUAAGACGCUCCUUUACUCAGAUUGUCAAAGGCAUUAUGGAUGAG